AACAAGCGACGGUAUACAUUUCCCAUGCAUUGGGGCCGGGGUCACGAAUCGUUGGCGACGCCAAUUUAUUCCGGAGUUUCGAACGACGGUACCUAGCUAGUAGUUUUAAUUCAACUUCCAUGAUAGAGUAGUAUAAAGCGCGAGGCAUGCACCAGUCGUUCGAUUGUAGUAACAUCGCAGGCGACCCACACCACGAGCGCCGACAGCAGUACUAUUUCGUAGCCAUGGCUUACACGUUCCGGAUCCACUGCCGCGCCUCCGACGACCACAGCCUCGCGCUCAUCGACGGCCAAGUCGUCCUCGCCGCCGCCGACCCCGGCGACGACCGCCAGCGGUGGUACAAGGACGUGAUGUACGCCGGCGGCCUCAAGGACGAGGCCGGCAACCCGGCGUUCGCCCUCGUCAACAAGGCCACCGGCGAUGCCCUCAAGCACUCCCUCGGCUACCAUCUGCCAGUGAGAGCGAUACGGUUCAACCCGGGGUGCCUGGACGAGUCGGUGCUGUGGUCGGAGAGCAGGGACGUGGCCGGCGGCUUCAGCCGCGUCCACAUGGUGAACAACAUGGAGUACAUCUUCGACGCCGAGCGGGGCGGCUCCGAGUACGGCGGCCCGCGCGACGGCACGCGGCUCAUCCUCUUCCGCUGGAUCCGCGGCGACAACCAGCUCUGGAGGAUCUCCGACGAGCCGGCAGGGCGUGGGCCGCCCAUGCGGGUCUCGUCUGAGUGCAACCAGGAGCUGAGCCUCACCGUCCGCGACGGCGCCGCCGUCCUCGCGAGCACGGAUCUGGAGGAUGACAAACAAGCUUGGAUCCAGAGCUUUCGGAACACCGAGCGCGUGACGGACUCGGAGGGGCGCAGCUCGUUCGUGCUGGUCAAUGAGGCCACCGGGAAAGCGCUGCGGCGCUCCCACGGUGACCAGAAGCUUCAGGUGGUCGGCUACUGCCCGGACUCGGUGGACGUCGCGCUGCUGUGGACGCGGGGUGGCGAUCUUGGGGAAGGGUACCACUGCAUCCGCAGGGUCAGCGACCUCGGCUACGUCCUUGACGCGGCGGAGGGUGUACCCGAAACCGGCGGGGCGCACGACGGGACGCCCGUCAUCUUGUUCCCGGCCAACGGGGGCCCGAAUCAGAAGUGGAAGAUGACGCCGUUCCAUUGA